AUGCGGGUGGUUUCGCAGUCGGUGGUCCCGCGCGACAUCACCGAUGAAUUUACAACAGCUGCCUCAAAGUUGAGAACCGGACAGCUUGUCAAAGAUGAAUACUUCACACUUUUUGAAGCAGUUGGUGCGCUGGAGAUCAUGGAUUCCAAAAUGGACAGUGGAUACCUGGGCCCCGGUGAGAACCAUGCGCAGGCCUUGGAGGAUGACUACGAUUUGAGGCGGGAGCUUGCUCCGGAAGAGGUACUUGGUAUCAUGGAUGGGUUGCUCUGUCAUGAGAUGGCGUGGCAUAUGGGUCACCCUCUUUCUCAGACCCUCUUUACAUCCCUCUACCUGGACAAGCUCCUAUGGCCGGUACCGAAGUCUCUUGAAGAAGCUCAUUUCUUUCGUGGAUACCUCGCAAAUAAUAACGAGGAAUCGGCAAUCGUACAUCUCGUGCUGCGUGCAUAUUGCCUUGCACUGAUCAAAUGCUGUGAUUUUGUGCAUGCGCGGGUGGCUACUGAAUACUAUUUUGAGGAAGAGGAUUUCGUCACCCAGCUCUAUAACCGUACGCUAUUGUCACAGUUUGAACCAGAGCCAUUCUACGACCUUUUAAAUCGAGCGAUCUCUUGGAUUGACGAGCAAAAGGGAAAGUUGGAUGAGAACGUACGUGAAGCUAUAUGGACCAGACUGCUCUUCCGACGCGACUUUUUACAGGGCUUGGAGCAAGAUGUCGAAGUGAUUGAGACAAGGUCAAGGGAGCACUUUUUGAAUUGCCUGUCCCGGUUGGAUGAUUUGGCCAAGUCAACUUCCUUGGGAACAGAAGUACCCGACUCAUUUAGUUGGAAGAUCCAACGAAAGUUGGCGAGCACUGUUCCUCCACGGCCAAUGGUGAAGAUUAAUAUCGAAGAUGCGCUGGCGCAUCUAAAGCGGCUAUGCCAGGACGCAAUUGACCUGGAAGAAAUCAUCGAUUACCGAGGACCUUACAACUUCAAGGUUACUAUAUGGACUUUGCUGUCACGGAAGCCCCAGCCAUCAGUAUAUAUCCGGUCACUCGUCCAAACCCUGAUCGUCAACAACAUGACGAUACUCGGAGCCGUUCCCGUUAAGCAAUUUCUAUACGAUGAACUAGCAGAGCUUGUUUUACCGUCAAGCAUACUUUUGGAAGCCAACAUGGAUGAAAUCGAGGUUCCUUCCGACCCUCGCUUCCAAAUUGCAAGACAAAUGGAUGCUUUUGUCAAGCGUUUCUCCCAACCUUUCGCGGAUACAUUCCGAAGUGCCUGCUUAAACCGCUGCCGCAUUCGGCGCACUGUCUGCCAUACCAUUGUCGAUUGGGACAACUUGCAAAUGGAGGCUGAAGAUCUCGAUGAGCAACUCCGCACCUUGAGCAAAGAACCUCCAUUGAUGCUCGCCAACGGCGACGCUACUUAUUCGUAUCCCCUUAGCAGCUGGGCUUAUCAUCACAAAUUGAUACAAUUCCGUCUCAUCCUUCAGCUCGGAUUUGAGCUUUCCAUCUACUCUCCCGAAGAACUGCCUGGGAUGUACUGGUACCUGUCCCACAUCUGCUCUACCCACCUCGGUCACAUUGAUCGGAUCCGCACGUUCACUGUCGCCGCCGCCAAACGAAACCUCACAGAAAUGGCCGCGAAAAAAAGUGAUGCUCUUGAGCGGCAUACUGCACUUCAGAAAUCACUCCGACUCCUCGAACGGCUAACAACGCAGAUAGUUGCUAUUGACGCAUUUGCCAUUUCCCUGCACGCUCUGUAUGUGCUCCUUGCCCGCCAUGGCGUCCUACCGACGGCCUCUUCUGCCCAGGCAUACUCCAGCGACCGAUUGCGCUACGAAAUCCGCAUGAAACCCUUCCUUCAAAUAACCUUACCGGAACUAGUCCCGUACGAUGAAUACCGUCGGGAAGCCGUGCUUGAAGGGGAUAGCGAUGAAACCGUACUGGAACGUGCUACUAAAGCCAUCUCGGAGGCACGAAAAGCCUGGGAAGCUACACUGGCGAACGGUGCCUUCGUCCAGGAAUCUGACGGCGAAGAGAACUCCGCGCCGGCCAUUGAAGAAGACUGGAAACGCGACGUGAAGGACACGAUGCGUGCUUGCAUAGGGGCAAGCAUCGCGAUCGAGACGGUCAAGAAAGCGCUGAAAGCUCACGCGAACGUGGUUGAAGCCAAGGAGGGUGCAGAGAGCCCAUCUGUAAAUCUGCGGGUGACUAUCCCGGAGACUGGCUCCAAGGCUCGUUGGCAUGACUGGUGGGUUGUCCCGCAGGUCUCACCAGUAACAGUAGGCUCUAAGACAUGA